UGAGGGCGGGGCCCGAACACCCAACCCCGGGAGCCAAGGAGGCGGCCGCGCAGAGCGCAGCGGGCAGCGGGCAGCGCGCGAUAAAGAAACAGUAAACCAAAGACAAGAGGUCACCUACGUAGGCGCACUCGGAGGAGAAGGACAAGGACGGGGAGGAGGACAAGGAGGAGGAAGAGGAAGGCAGUGGAGUACCACACUUGCACCACCUGGGCAGACAAGACUCCCUGAAGCUGCAAGGCACUUGAGCAUGGGUUUCAGGCAGGUGAAGGAAUACCUGGCGUGGCUCUAUUUCCAGUACCAGAUCAUCAGCUGCUGCGAGGUGAUGGAGCCCUGGGAGCAGUCUAUGUUCAAUACCAUCUUUCUCACCAUCGUCGCCAUGGUAGUGUACACUGCCUAUGUCUUCAUUCCCAUCCACAUUCGCCUCGCCUGGGAAUUUUUCUCCAGAAUCUUUGGCUGUCACAAUGCGGUUGCCAGCUGAUCUCACGUGCACCCUGCCAGGCGGCCUUGCCUGUUUGUGUUGCUCCGCCACGCGCUCCCUCCCCUCUGCAUUCCCUGUGCACACUGAGGGCACACCUGCGGCUCCAGCCAGAGUCUCUCUAGUUUCUUUUGCACAUGCUAUCUUGUGCCUCGGGCCAUGGAAAAAAAUGUAAUGACUUUACUUCACCUUCCAUACCCUUUCAAUUCAAAUCUAUGCCUUUAGAUUGCUUUGCGAAUCAGGAUGGGUUCCAUAGAAGAAUCUUCUGGAAAAUGGGUUCCUGAGAAACCUACCAGGUUCAUAUUUAAAGUGCUCCCUGAUACCUGCUCUCUGCUCAAGGGUGUAGUACCAGGAACUGUUUCUUUGGAGGUGUCUGUCGAAAGUCUCCUACUCUUGUUUACAAUAUAUAAUAUAAGGUAUGAAUAAAUUAUAUGAAUCCUCCCUUC